AAAAACAUUACACAUAUAUUAAGAAAAAACCGCUGCAAACCUCACUAAACCAUCGAAAUCUGAGGCAAACAGAUUUAUAUUAUUUUGAAGUGGUUAGCGACCGUGACUGAAGGUCACUGACCGUGACUGAAGGUCACUGACCGUGACUGAAGGUCACUGACCGUGACUGAAGGUCACUGACCGUGACUGAAGGUCACUGACCGUGACUGAAGGUCACUAGCCAUGUAAUACAAACAACUGUGACCAAAGGGACCUCUCAGUCACUGGAGUAGUGCCUCCACCCAACAAAAACUAUGUUUUAAGUGAACACUGCCCUGGCUUCAUGAACUUUGUUAGCAGCAACAGUCAGCGUUUACCACCAUGGUUCCAGUUUUCUUCCUCAUCUACAUCUGGCUACUGAGGAACAUGGAAGCUGCUACGCUGGAAUCUAUAAACACUGGGCCGUUGUUCAUGGUUCACGUGGUGAAGGGAGGUCGAGCAGAGAUGCCGUGUGACGUGGCGACAACAGACGCCAGUGACCGUGUAGUGCUGGUACUCUGGUACAAGGAUGGUGUCGGAGCCCCCAUCUACAGCUACGAUUCUCGAAAGCACAGUCUCCUGGACGCAAGGAACUGGGCGGACGAGAAGACGCUGGGCGGUCGUGGUCACUUCGACUUGCAGUCGUCACCAGCUUCGCUCGUCUUAGACAACGUGCGGGCCAGUGACGAGGGUCUGUACCGCUGCCGCGUUGACUUCAAGAAGAGUCCCACCAGGAACGCUAGAACCAACCUCACAGUCAUCAUUCCUCCACACGAUCCUAUCAUCCUGACCGAGCAGGGAGGGCCUCCAGUCUGGACCAUGGUAGGACCUUACAACGAGGGAGACUCCUUGUCUCUCACUUGUGAAGUCAAUGGAGGUCGUCCUCCUCCCCGGGUCACCUGGUGGAUGAAAGGAGAAAUGAUUGACGACUCAUACGAGACACCUCACCCUCACACAGUCAUCAAUACACUCACCUUGAGAGAAUUAACCCGUGCACACCUUCACACCGUCCUGGUGUGCCGAGCCUCCAACAGCAAUCACACUACCCACGUCCACACUUCCAUCACUAUAGAGAUGAACUUUAAACCUCUGUCUGUGAUUAUCCUGGCCUCCCGGGAGGCCAUCUCGGCUGGCAGGGAGUACGAGCUGGUGUGUCAGAGUGUGGGAGCACGACCUCCAGCCUCCCUCACCUGGUGGCUGGAUGGUGUCCAGCUCACCAACGCUACAGUUUCUACGGCGAGUAAUGGGAACAUCACACUAAGUAAACUGCUGCUGGUGCCCAGCUACUCUGACGGAGGCAAAUUUCUCAAGUGUUUGGCGGAGUCUCCUGUCAUUGAUCACUUGCCAGUGCAGGACCUGUGGAAACUGGACGUUCAGUACACCCCGCAAGUGUACCUAGCGAUGGGCAGCAACCUUAGUCCAGAAGAUAUAAAAGAAGGAGACGAUGUUUACUUCGAGUGCAACGUUAGAGCUCAUCCCUACGUUUACAAGGUCCUCUGGUAUCACAACGGAGUGCAGGUGCAACACAACGUGUCUGGUGGAGUGAUCGUCAGCAACCAGAGUCUGGUGAUCCAGCGAGUGCGUCGUCAACAUACUGGUCUUUAUACCUGUGUGGCCUCUAACAUCGAGGGAGACGGCCAGAGUAAUGCAGUCAUCCUCAAAGUUCGAUAUGCCCCAGUGUGCGCCUCUGGUCAGGUUCACGUCUACGGCGCCGCAAGGAACGAAGAAGUGUCGGUCACUUGUCGUCUGGACGCUGUGCCUCCCGUUGUUCAUUUCUUCUGGCGAUUUAACAGCAGUGGCGACGUAGUUGACAUUGCAGAAAAUCACGUGGCAACAUAUGGACUCCAGUCCUCUCUGUCCUACGUGGCCCGCACCGAGCUGGACUACGGCACUUUACUCUGCUGGGGUACCAACGCCCUGGGCAGACAAAAGAAACCUUGUGCUUACAGGGUGGUUGCUGCGGGCAACCCCAACCCUCCUGAGAACUGCGAAGUUACGAACCAUACCACAGAGACGCUGAAAGUGCACUGCUCGCCUGGUUAUGAUGGUGGUCUUGUGCAGAGGUUUAUUAUCGAGACUUACGACACUGAAACUAAGCGUCUAUUACUGAACAUCACCGAAAACACGUCUCCGGAUUUCACCUUACGAGGACUCGAACCUGGGACUUCGUAUGUUAUGCAAGUUUAUGCUACCAACAAAAGGGGUCCCAGUGAGAAGAGGUUUCUGAAUGGCUACACAAUCAGAGAUGUAGCAGAGAGACGUACUGCACAAGUCAGACCUCCUCCUGAAGAGUUGGUGGCCAUCACCGCUAUACUGGCGGUGGUGGUGGGAGUGGUUGGGUCGCUGGUGCUGGUGGCGCUGGUGGCAGUAGUGGUGGUCAGCCUCAAGAAAAAGCGAAGUCCGAGCAGCAAGACCACCACACCCCAACAUCAGACGUAUUUGGCUGAUACUCAGGACCUCGAUGAAAAGAAUCCUGAUCUCAUUCCCUCCAAUGGUAACAGCGAGGUGGUGAACCAGACACCAACUACCCCAGAAGAAGGCGGCUUCAACAGCGUCCACAUCUGUGCCUCUGUUCCAUAUACCAGCAGUGUGUACGGCACCUAUCGCAGGACGCCUAGACCUAAGUCAGCCAUCAGUACGCAGAAAGGGGAACUAAUGUAUGCAGAACUGUCCUUUCCCAGCUGCGGUGGUCAGUAUCCCACCGCCACUUUCUCCCGCCGCAAGCCAGAACCUACUAUAUACGCCCAGAUAGACCACUCAACUCCAGGUGUUCCUUUGUCUAUGAGUGUCGUUCCUGUCAACAGUGGUAGAAUUGUUGUAAGUUCUGUGGAUGGACUGAUGGGAGGCAACCAUGGUGGCAGUGUAGCUGAAAUAAUGGGCGGCAGCAUGGCUUGUGCAACAGGUGGCAGCAUAAGCGGAAGCAUAGGUGGCAGUACAGUGGGAAGGGGCGGCAGUGUGUGCCCUGGAAACAUACUGACAGGUACCAUUUGUCCCCAGAGCAAGACGGCAGGUGAUAACAAUAACUUUUCCCACAGCACUGCCACGCCGCCCUCUCAUGAGGUUGCUAGACACCCUCUUAUCCCGCCCAUCCCUCCGGAGGAAGAUGAACAGGUCACUGUAGAGACUCCCCUCAUAAAUAACCAGAAAAAGAGUGAACUGUGACACAACAUACCUGCCUGGUCUUAGUGCACAGCCCACGAGGCCGAAUUGUCGGCCUACCUUCCGACGGGACGUCUUGUUGAUUCUUAAUGUCCAAAUUCUGAUACUUUAUAUCUAAUUAUCUCAAUUAAUGCUUUGGAAAAUAUUAUAGUGCAUUCAACUGUGACUUGACAAUAUCAGUAACUACCAAGAUCAAACAAAUUAAGACAUAGUUAAGGUUGUGUCAUUUAAACACAGUAGAUAUCCGAGUGACGUUUGUUACUAUAUUUAUUUCGCCAACCGUGAGUGUGGAAGAAUGUCACAUUUAUAAUUGCUAAACCAAACUUGAAGACUUUAUCCACUAAAUCCCCAACAACUUUAAGUUUCGUGGCUCUGUGAGUCAUUAAAUUUUAAAAAGCUUCAGGUGAGACCUACAUCUAUUUUAUGAAUUUAACACAUGGUAAGCAAAUGUGUAGGAACCUUUGAACCAAGUGAGAGAGUAAUUGUGGUAGGAGACUUAAAUGCUAAAGUAGGAGAAGCGUUUAGAGAGGAUGUGGGAGGUAAGUUUGGAGUGACAAGUGUGAAUGUAAUGGAGAGCAUUUGACUGAACUUUGUAUAGAAAGGGAUUUGAUUAUAGGUAAUAGAUAUUUUAAGAAGAUGAGGGUAAAUAAGUAUAAAAUAUAUGAUAUAGGGCGCAAUGAAGUAGUUGGACUAAGUAUUGGUAGAUAAAAGCUUUUGCAGUAGACUUCAGGAUGUACAUGUAGCAAAAGGUACAUGGGAUACAAGGAAAAUGGAAGCAGAUAGUAAGAGAGAGGUGAAGGUUUAUAAGCUAAGGGAGGAGGCAGUUAGGGUAAGAUAUAAACUGCUAUUGGAGGAUAGAUGGGCUAGUGAGAGUAUAGGCAAUGGGGUCGAAGAUGUAUGGGGUAGGUUUAAGAAUGUAGUGUUAGAGUGUUCAGCAGAAGUUUGUGGUUACAGGAAAGUGGGUGCGGGAGGGAAGAAGAGCGAUUGGUGGAAUGAUGUAAAGAGAGGAAAAAGUAAGCAUUUGAGAGGUUUUUACAAAGUAGAAUUGAUGCAGGGAGGGAGGAGUAUAUGAUAUGGAGAGAAUAAGAGAUUAAGAGAGUGGUGAAGCAAUGUAAAAAGAGAGCAAAUGAGAGAAUAGGUGAGAUGUUAUCAACAAAUUUUGUUGAAAAUAAGAAAAAUAAGAAAAGAGUUAUUAUUGAAAGAAUUAAGAGCAAGAGGGAGAGCAGUAUAGCAGAUGAACAAGGAGACUUUAGGAAGGGUAGGGGAUGUGUAGACCAAGUUUUUACAGUGAAACAUAUAGGUGAACAGUAUUUAGAUAAAGGUAAAGAUGUUUUUAUGGCAUUUAUUGAUUUGGAAAAGACGCAUAUGACAGAGUGGAUAGGGGGGGCAAUUGGCAGAUGUUGCAACUGUAUGGAAUAGGAGGUAGGUUACUGAAAGCAGUGAAGAUUUUUACGAGGAUAGUGAGGCUCAGGUUAGAGUGUGUAGGAAAGAGGGAGAUUAUUUCCCAGCAAAAGUAGGCCAUAGACAGGGAUGUGUGAUGUAAGCAUGGUUGUUCAAUAUAUAGAUGGAGUUGUAAGAGAGGUGAAUGCUCGGGUGUUGGCAAGAGGUGUGAGGUUAAAAGAUAAAGAAUCUAACACAAAUUGGGAGUUGUCACAGUUGCUCUUUGCUGAUGACACUGUUGGAGAGGCUGGUGGAUGAGUUUGGGAGAGUUUGUAAAAGAAUAUUAAAAGUGAAUAUAGGAAAGAGUAAGGUGAUGAGGAUAACAAAAAAAAUAGGUAACGAAAGAUUGGAUAUCAGAUUGGAAGGAGAGAGUAUGGAGGAGGUGAAUGUUUUCAGAUAUUUGGGAAUGGACGUGUCAGCAGAUGGGUCUAUGAAAGAUGAGGUGAAUCACAGAUUUGAUAAGGAGUAAAAAGUGAGUGGUGCACUGAGGAGUUCGUGGAGACAAAGAACUUUAUCCAUGGAAGAGUUUAGUUAUACUAACGCUCGUAUAUGGGUGUGAAGCAUGGGUGGUGAAUGUUGCAACAAGGAGAAGACUGAAGGCAAUCUAGAUGUCAUGUCUGUGGGCAAUGUGUGGUGUGAAUAUAAUGCAGAGAAUCCCUAGUUUAGAGAUUAGGAGGAGGUGCGGGAUUACCAAAACUAUUAUCCAACGGGCUGAGGAGGAGUUACUGAGGUGGCUCGGACAUGUAGAGAGGCUGGACGAAACAGAAUGACUUGAGAGUGUAUAAAUCUGUAGUGGAGGGAAGACUGGGUAGGGGUCGGCCUAGGAAAGGUUGGACGGAGGGAGUAAAGGAGGUUUUGUGUGGAAGAGGCUUUGGACGUCCAGCAAGCAUACGUGAGAAUGUUAGACAGGAGCGAAUGGAAACAAAUGGUUUUUAGGACUUGACGUGCUGUUGGAGUGUGAACAAGAUAACAUUUAUGAAGGAUUCAGGGAAACCGGCAGGCCGGACUUUAAUUCUGGAGGUGGGAAGUACAGUGUCUGCACUCUGAAGGAGGGGUGUUAAUGUUGCAGUUUUAUAACUGUAGUGUAACCGUGCCUGGGGCCACCCUUCCUUGGUGGGAAA